AUGUCGAGGGUAUCGUCACCGAGGGGAUCAUUCGAAUCCGACUCCGAGCGCAAGGAUAAUGAAGCGUCCCGACCCAACAAGCGCAUUUCGUACGCCGACGAAGCACCGCGCAGAAAGUCAAUCCAGUUCAGUUUUGGAGGGGGGUUUGAGAAUCGCCAGCAUCGUCGGUCGUUGAGUGACAAGGGACUGGGAGAGAAGAACUUAAGGCGUUCGCAUAUUGAGUUCCAGGACAGGGAGAAGCAGAAGGAGAAGGAGAAGGAACAGAAGCAGAGUGUUAUUCCGCCUAGUGCUAGUCGUGGGCCUUCGCCUCCGCCGCCGAAUACAUACGAACGAGGUGUUUCCUUUGACACGUUCGAUAACCCCGAUGCAGCGGAUUUCUCGUUGACGUUGAACUACAAACACAAAGGUUACCAGUGUACUCGACGGAGUAGGACCUUUCUCUGCGGGACGGAUCAGAAUGAAUACUCCGACUUUGCACUUGAGUGGCUUAUUGAUGAGCUUGUGGACGAUGGUGAUGAGAUUGUCUGUCUUCGAGCCGUGGAGAAUGCAAGCGAUGCGGGAAUUGAGGCUGGCAGGUACCGAAAGGAGGCGGAGAAGCUGUUUGAACAAGUGAUUCAGAAGAACAGUCAGGAUGAAAAGGCCAUCAGUUUAGUCUUGGAAUUGGCUGUCGGGAAAGUGCAGGAUAUCAUUCAACGCAUGAUUCGAAUCUAUGAGCCGGCCGUCCUUAUCGUUGGUACACGUGGUCGGAACCUCAGUGGCAUGCAGAGUCUGCUACCUGGCUCGGUCUCCAAGUACUGUUUACAGCAAUCCCCGAUCCCCGUCAUCGUGGUCCGUCCGUCAACCAAGCGUGAGAAGAAGAAAAAGAAGCGAUUGGCCAAUCCUUCCCGUCGCAGCUAUAACCAUAUCCUGGAAUUGAGCGAGCGUCGAGGCAGUCAUAUUUUUGAUCCCAGCUCGAGCACCGAUAGUAGCGUGGCUAGGCUUCCAGAUGAGGAGGCAGCAGUUGCUAAGGCUCUUGGGCUGCCACCGUCGUAUGCAAAUUCGCGGGGUUCACUUUCCUCUGGCAGGAGCAGCGUGGAUGACCUGACCGCUCCCAUGCUUGAGAUGACUAUGAAGAGCUCUAGCGGUGAGAGCCUGGAGGGCUCGGGACAUGACAAGUUCGAGGACGCGCGGCAGUCACAGAAAUUGGAAGAUGACGAGACGGCACCAGUUGAUAAUGAUUUGCCUUCUGCUGCCACCGAACAAGGCGGUGCCCUGUCCCCUACUGCUACAGAUGUUGAUUCUGGAGCGGUGUCAGAGCUGGGCGACAACCCAACCAAUAUCCCGGUGAUUAUUACUGAUGGUACUCCUAAGGAUGGAUCUGAGACGAAGUGA